AUGACUAUUGGAACGGGUGUUUUUGUGGACAAUCGUGUACUGUUGACCUGUUGUCAUGUUGUCAAACAUAGUCCGAUAGUUUGGAUUCAAUAUGUUAUAACCUAUGAGAAUCGGCCAUCAGAUUCAGUAUCAAAAUCAGAACAGCUAUUAGUUAUAUGUCCUAGGAAUCUGGCGGACGUCCUGUAUGUCGAACCGCACAAUGAUCUGGCAUUAGUACGGCUCAGGGAUCCGCCAUCGCCUGUAUAUAAUACGUCGACACCAAUGCCGGUAACUACCAGUCCAGAGAGUACCGAUUUUGGUUCACCAGUAGCUAUGCUAGGUCAUGGCGGUAACGUACGGUUUGCACUACACCCGGGUAUGGUUAUUACACCCCAAGUCGACAACUAUUUGAUACCCAUUAACUAUUAUAUAAGUAUUGUAUCGAUCAAUGAUAAACUGCCGAUCGUAACUCACAGUACUAUUGCAUUAGCCGGCAAUUCGGGCGGUCCUGUCAUUGAUAGCAAUGGCCAACUAUGCGGUAUAUGUUAUGGCGGUAUUAUAAAACGUGGACAGAUAUCUUAUGCAAUCGGCUCGCAAAUAUUGAUGGAGUUUAUGGAUAAAGCUUUGGCCUAUGAAAGUGAUAAUAGAAAGCACAACCGUCUCAGAAAACUGUAUGAAUGGGACAUUGGGUCCAAUACACGACUAUUGGGUUUGAUUUUUCAUACACAACCGUUUUCCGGUAGUUUUACUGUCCAGACAGCUCUGCCCAGUGCUACAAAUAAUGCAAAAAAAAUUAUCGGCACUAAUGCAUUGAAAAUCGAUAGACAAGACUUCGAUAGUAUCGAUAUUAUCCGAUCGGCUAUUGUUAAUGAAACGGUAAUAACCGUUUCGUUUAGGUAUCCGACUGAUGGUGACAAUAGUCAAACAGGUCGUGUUAUACGACCUAAACUUGAAGAUAUGUAUAAAAUUAGCGGCGAAGGAACCGGCGUUUUUGUCGGCCAUCGUCUACUGUUGACCUGUUAUCAUGUGGUCAAACAUAAUCCCAUAGUUUGGAUACAAUAUGUCCGAAGCUAUGAUAAUCAGGUUUUAGUGACAUGUCCUAUGAAUAUGGCCGAUGUCCUAUCAAUUGGUGUCUUAUGUAUGCCAUUAUCAAUGUUGUGGAUGGCAUACAAUAAGCAGCCAUCGUUUCAGACAACAACAACAACCAAAGGUGUCCGACCCAUGUCUGCCAAAACAAACAAUCCGUUUAGUAUUAGAUCAGCUGCACUUAUGGCCAACAAUAACAACACCGGCGCCGAUAAUAUUAAUGGUUACGAUAUGAUUGCAAUGAAAAACCGUUGCAUCCGAUCGAUUGGUUAUAUUAUAAGACCAUUACUAGAAGAUCCAGAUACUGAUGGCGGUACGGGAUCGGGUGUUUUCGUUGCCAAUCGUCUACUAUUAACAUGUUAUCAUGUGGUCAAACAAUCGCCAGCUAUAUGGGUUGUAUAUGUCAGGAGCUAUGAUAAUCAGGUUAUGACAAAUUUGAUUAUGGGCGCCGAAGUCCUAUAUGUAGAGCCGCACUGGGAUCUGGCACUGGUCCAACUUCAUCAAUGGCCAUCGCCCAUCUAUAAUACGGCCAAAUCAAUGCUAUUGGCCACCAGUGGUAACCAAAUAAUUGAUUUCGGCGAACCUGUAGCUACUAUAGGCCACGGCCAGGACUUACGGUUUGGACUGCAUCCGGGUAUGAUUACUAUACCCCGAGUCGAUAGCUAUCUAAUACCUGUUAGCUAUUAUAUAAGUUUGGUACCGUUUAAUGAAAAAAUGCCAAUCAUAACGCACAAUACGGUCAAUAUCUAUGGGUUUUCCGGUUGUCCACUCAUUGAUACCGAAGGCCGUAUGUGUGGUAUGGUUUGGGGCGGUAUAUCCAAACGUGGACUGGUAUCCUAUGCACUCGAUUCAAUAACAAUAAAAGAGUUUGUCGUCAGAGGAUUGACUUAUCAAAGAGAUGGCAUAAAACAAAACCGUUUGAGGGAACGGUAUGAAUGGGACAUACAAGACCCGGACACUCGGCUAUUGGGUUUGAUUUUAUCUAAACAACAACAACCGUUUUCGUGUAGUUUUACUGUCCAAUCGGUUUUGCCCACUGUUUCCGAGGAAACAAAAAGAAUUAUCGGCUCAUGUGUUACCAAAGUUUUCGGACAGGAGUUCAAUAAUAUUGCAGUCAUCCGAUCGGCUAUCGGUACUAAUAGGGUAAUCAAAUUGUCGAUUGAAUUACCCACUGAUGAUGACAGUAGUAGUAGUAGUAGUAGUAGUGGUAGUAGUAGUAGUGAUAGUCAAGGGAUGACAGUUAGACAGGUAGUGACUGUUAACAUCAAUACUAUAGCACCCGUCGAUAAUCAAGGAUUUAGGAUUAAACCAUUGGUUAUUUGA